GAAGUGAGAGGCAGCACACCGGCCGGACUGGUUCACACAGAUACAAGUGAUAAUGUCUCCUCCGUGCAUGUGCUCUCAUAAUUUCAUUCCUUGAGACGCGUCAUCUCAGAAAAGGACGACUGUUAUUCCUCAGUGACUCUUGGUGAUAAUGAAGACAUAGGCUAAACCACUUCCUGAUCACUCAACCUGCACAAACUGUCUCAAACCUCAACGGGCACUUGAACCCUAACACCUUUAAACUCUCAGCUUUGCACAGCCAAGGUUCAGAAAGUGACUUUUUCCCAGACGCCUGCCCUGCCCUUCAGCCUGCCAACUUAUAAAGACGUUCCACCCCUCGCCCUUGUUUGCUUUAUCAAAUGCCCAAAAACAGCAAGGCCGUCAAGAGAGAGCUUGACGACGAUGUCACAGAGUCUGUCAAAGACCUGCUUUCCAACGAGGACGCCUGUGACGAUUCCUUCAAGAAGACCUCGCUGAUCGUCAACAACCAUGAAGGGGAAGGGAAAGAGUGCGACGUGGAGGAAGGGGGCUCGGACGGAGAGGAGGAGGAACGCCCGGCCUGGAACAGCAAGCUCCAGUACAUCCUGGCCCAGGUUGGCUUCUCUGUAGGCCUGGGCAACGUCUGGAGGUUCCCCUACCUGUGCCAGAAGAACGGAGGGGGAGCCUACCUGGUGCCCUAUCUCAUCUUGCUGAUAUUGAUCGGCAUCCCGCUGUUCUUCCUGGAGCUGGCGGUGGGGCAGCGGAUCCGCAGGGGCAGCAUCGGGGUGUGGAACUACAUCAGCCCUCGGCUUGGGGGCAUCGGCUUCGCCAGCUGUGUGGUAUGCUUCUUCGUGGCUCUCUACUACAAUGUCAUCAUCAGCUGGAGUCUCUUCUAUUUCUCCCAGUCCUUCCAGCAGCCUCUGCCGUGGCAUGAGUGUCCACUCGUCAAGAACAAGACCAGUACAUAUGUGGUGCCUGAGUGUGAGAAGAGUUCGGCCACCACCUACUACUGGUACCGCGAGGCCCUGAACAUCUCUGACAGCAUCUCUGAGGGCGGAGGACUCAACUGGAAGAUGACCUUGUGCCUGCUGGCUGCCUGGUCCAUGGUUUGCCUCGCCAUGAUCAAGGGGAUCCAGUCGUCUGGGAAGGUAAAGAAGAGAUUUGGUUCUCUGUUAGCAUUUUUAGUUUUGGAGAAAAGAUGUUGAUGAGAGGAGGAGAACAGAGGGACA